GAGGCGUGCCGACUGGGAACCUGCGCGCGCGCCUUCCGGGGGGGCGAUACAAGCGAGAGGAGGGAGGCGGCGCGCGUGGAGAUGCCUCGCGGCGGCCGCCCUCGCAGUCACAAGAGGAAAAGGAAUUGGUGUAUAGAGUAUCCAUCCUUUCCAGAAGAGAAGCCACUACAGUGCAGAACAGGUCUCAGGACAGUGGGAGCAGUUGCCUCCCUCUCUGAAGCAUGGCUUAAGUGUGGAGAAGGAUUUCAGGACACUCCUAGGACUCGGACACCAACAACUGAAAAAGUGACUCUUUCAGAAAAGGACCUUGAAUUAGCUCCAAAACCAAAGAAAGAAACUACCACAUCUAAGAAUACCAAUGAGCUUACAGAUAUAACAUGGAGUUCCAGUGGAAGUGAUCUGUCAGAUGAAGACAAAACUCUUCCUAAAUCACAGAGAGAUAAUGAACAUGGCUCUAUAAUAGAUAAGUUCCAUAACAGGAAUAUUUUAUGUCCAGAAGAUGGGGCCAGUGAAGAUGAAUUACAGUUUAUUGACUGGGAGAUCGACAGUGACAAGGAAGAUGCUAGUGAAUAUAAUGAAUGGGAAGAUGGUAAGGGUGCUGUAGAAAUCUCAGAUUGUGCCUCUUGUGCAAGUAGUCAUUCUUUGACAAGUGAUGAGAGACUAUCUGAGCUUCCUAAGUUUUCGGCGGACACACAUCUUUGUUUGUAUGUGGUGCUGAGGAUCGAACCCGGGCCGCACACAUGCCAGCCAAUUUCUCCAGAAAUUUUGGAGUAUUCAUCAGAUAGCAACAAAGAAGAUGACUCAGAAAAUGUCCUAUUCAUUGAUUCAGAAUCCCCUCACAAAUACCACAUGGAAUAUGGUUCUGAUGCAAGACAGGUUAUGGACAGCCUGUUCAACACAAGAGUGAAAUCAACAGAGAAUGUCUUGUGUAUACCCCAGAAGCAGAUAGCUAAGUUUCCCAGGACUCCAGAAAACUCAUCAAAGAAGAAGAAACUUUUAAGAUAUCAUCUUGAAAAUAUUUCCAGUAAAAAACAACCAACUUUUAUCACAGAAGAACAGAGGUCUGAGAAAUUACUACCACUAAAGACAAAAGAAGUAGGCGGGCUAGCAGAAAGACUAACCGGAUUGCAGAACCGAGAGAGAUCUGCCAUUUCUUUGUGGAGACAUGAUUGUGUUUCUUACCAAAAGACAGUUUCAGGUAGAAAAUCUGGUGUAUUAACUGUGAAAAUUCUAGAGCUACACGAGGAAUGCACCAUGCAGGUUGCCAUGUGUGAACAGUUAGUGGGGUCGACAGCUGCUGUUCCUUCCAGGGAUGUGGCUGCAGAGCCUGGAGCCAGCCUGAAAGUUCUCUUUACUCAGGAGACUGCAUGUUACCUCAAGGGAUGUCCCCAGGAUGUUAUCCACAUCUUUCCUCCCUGGCAAAAACUUAUUAUCCCAAAUGGAAGUUGCCCUGUUAUUCUGAAUACUUAUUUCUGUCAGAAAGUUGUUGCCAAAGAAGAUGCAGAAACAACUCACAAACUAUACUGUCAUGACAUACUCCUUCCAAGAAGAAACAUCACUUUGGCCCAGAUGUUUAAAAUUAAGGAUCUAUCCAAUAAUUCACCUGAAAGUCAGGUUGUAUAUAGUGACCUGGCCACCACAGGCACAGAAUGGACCAACAGGCACGAAAAGGCAAAGCAGCACUUCACAGCUGAAUCCCCCCUUAGGGAUUCUCUCCUGGAUGUGGUGGAAAGCCAAGGAGCUGCCCCAUGGUCAGGAGUGGGGGUCCAAGUAGUGGUGCAGCGAGUUUACUCACUACCUGGCAGAGAUGGCACCGGAAGCCAGCAGGAUACUAGCUCAGGGCAUGCUGAUCUACCUGGGCCCCGAGUCUGCCUUCUGGUGCAAGAUGCCUAUGGGAUGUUUGGUGAAGUGUACUUAGAAGGUGCCAUGUUGAAGGGCAGACAGUUGGAAGGGAAGUCCUGCAGGCUGGCAGGAAUGAAGGUUCUACAGAAAGCCACCAGAGGAAGGACACCAGGGCUCUUCAGUUUGAUUGAUACCAUAUGGCCCCCAGCAAUACCCCUAAAAGCACCCGGCCAUAGUCAGCCCUGUGAAGAGGUCAAAAGUCACUUGCCUCCUCCUUCCUUCUGUUACGUCCUCUCAGUUCAUCCCAAUCUCGGUCAAAUUGAUAUGAUUGAAGGAGACUCCAUAUCUAAGCUUCACCAGCCUCCAAUUCUCCAUUGCCUAAGAGAUAUUCUCCAGACUGACAAUCUGGGUGCCCGCUGCAGUUUCUAUGCCAGAGUGAUUUAUCAAAGACCACAGCUGAAGAGUCUGCUUCUUUUGGCACAAAAGGAGAUUUGGCUGUUGGUGACUGACAUCACCCUGCAAAUGAAGGAUGGGAAUGACCACCACCUCCCCAAAAUCUUGCCAGUUUGUGUGACCCCCUCAUGUGUCCUGGGUCCAGAAAUCCUAGAAGCACUCUCCACGGCUGCACCUCAUAGCAUCCUCUUCAGGGAUGCUCUCCGAGACCAGGGUCAGAUUGUCUGUGUUGAACGGACUGUCCUGUUGCUUCAAAAACCCUUUUGGUGUAUGGCCUCUGGCACUGGCUCCUGUGAGCUGACUGGCCCAGUGAUACUGGAUGAACUAGACUCCCUCACACCUGUUAAUUCCAUUUGCAGCGUGCAAGGCACUGUGGUUGGCGUGGAUGAGAACACCGCUUUCUCAUGGCCUACAUGUGACCGGUGUGGCAAUGGGAGAUUGGAACAGAGGCCAGAAGAUGGAGGCACCUUUUUCUGUGGAGAUUGUUGUGAGUUGGUCACAUCUCCUGUUCUCAAGAGGCACCUGCAAGUCUUUCUGGACUGCCCUUCAAGGCCCCAGUGCAGCGUGAAGGUUAAGCUAUUGCAGGGCAGUAUUUCUUCACUGCUGAGGUUUGCUGCCUGUGAGGAUGGGACUUACGAAGUAAAGAGUGUCCUCGGAAAGGAGGUGGGGCUGUUAAGUUGUUUUGUACAGUCCAUAACCACCCACCCAACUAACUUCAUUGGAUUGGAGGAAAUUGAGCUUCUGAGUACAGGAGGAAACUCUGCUGAAGGCCAGCAGUUGCCACUGGAUUUGUGAACUUUGCAAUGUGGCUGCAAGGGUGGGGGUGGGGACUGGGUUUUGCAGUUAUUUGUUAACUAUGGACAGAGUGAAUUAUUUUAUGAUCUUAAAAUGAAACUUACUCGAUUUUUCUGGGACAAAUGUAAGAUGGUUUUGUAAACUAUAAAUCUAAAAGAUCUUUUCUAUGGCUUUUUUAUUAUCUUUCCACAAAUUUAGGAAUGUUUCUAGAGCUUUAAUAAACCUGAGACCUUCGUUUUGUAUAUAUGUUAGGCAAUAACAUUGGACAUAAAUAUGUUGUACAAUUAUAGCUUAAUAGUAUUCAAAAUUUUAUGCUUCGUCAUCUUUUCCUUGUAUGUUUUCAUUUCCCCAAAGAAAAAUACCUUGUGACCUUAAAACUUUGUCCCACAUUGUGAUAUUACUGUUCCGAUACAAUAAAUGUCCAAUCUAAGCA